AGUUUCCUUUUCUUUGGUUACUGCUUGAACCACCACGUUUCCUUAUGAGCUCCGAAGCCGCCCAUCUCCAUUGCCGAUUCUACCGGGAACAAUUCCCCGAGAUUGAUCAGUGCGUCGUGGCUCUCGUCAAACAAGUAACAGAUGUGGCCGCAUACGUCUCCCUUUGUGAAUACGACGAUAUGGAAGGAAUGGUCCAGCUCUCUGAGCUCUCCAAGAGGCGUAUUAGGUCCAUCCCUAAACUCAUCAAAGUUGGACGCUACGACACUUUCAUGGUCCUUCGAGUUGACAAGGAGAAGGGCUACAUCGACCUCUCCAAAAAGCGUGUGUCUCGGGAGGAUGCCGAUGCUCUCGAUCAGAAAUAUUCGAAAGCCAAGACGGUACAGUCCAUCAUGAGGCAUAUAGCAUCAACUCAUAGGAUGUCCUUGGAAGAGGUGUGCUCUAAGAUAGCUUGGCCGCUUUACGACACCUUUGGCCACGCCUAUGACGGCCUCUCCAAACUUGUCGGUGAUAACGCCGACUUGAGCAUUCUCGACAGUCUCGACAUUACUCCCGAGAUACGGGAUACUCUCCUCAACGUAGUCACUCGGCGAAUGGCACCCCAUCAGCUGAGAGUUAAGGCCAAGGUGGAGGUAUCAUGCUUCGACUACGAGGGAAUCGAAGCUAUCCAAAGGGCACUCAUUGCAGGACGAACAGUAGCGAACGAUAAUUCGAAGGUUAACGAUGACGAUUCUUUGAAGGCCACUACAACGGUGAAGCUGAUAGCGCCUCCACAGUACUACAUUGUCACUACUUGUUCACUGAGAGACGUGGGCUUCGAGCGAAUCGGUGCCUGCAUAGAAGCUAUCAAAGAGUCUAUUGAGAAGGAGGGCGGCACGUUCGCGUUGAAGCAAGCGCCUGAGCUCGUUGGGCUCGACGAGGAGGAGCUGGCUAAGCAGAAACGGGAAGAGGAGGAAGAGUCGGAAUCUGAGAGUAGCGACUCUGAGGAGGAGGAUGAGGGCAUGGGAGAUGCUGAGAUUGACGAGAGUGCGUUCGCCAAGACCAAUGAGGAGUAGAGGGUCGAAGUGCUCUGGUGGCUCACACAGAAAUGACAGUAAAAGCAGCACCACGUGACAGAA